UUUGCAUCGCUGUACACAGUAUGGCUGGGGAUAUUAGCUAGCACUCGCUAACGGUAUUCUCUGCAAAAGGGAAGACGGUAACAAGAGAAAAAUCAACAUCUGGAUUGCUUAACGGACUUGUACACCAUUAAGUUACAACUGAUUGAAAUACAGAUUAAUUAAGACGAAACGUUAUAACCGACGUUUUAUUAUUUUUUUGGUUGGGUGUCUGUUGUCUCAUGAUGGAAGAUAACGGUGCACAUUUCUUCGAGGGGACCGAGAAGCUGUUGGAAGUGUGGUUUUCCCGGCAGGACGAGACCAAGGGAACCGGGGACCUGAGAACCAUCCCGAGGUUUGAAUGGGACAAACUUCUGGAGAAUGUGCACUGUUUGAUCAUAAGUGUGACAAAGACGGACAAGCAGGAAGCUUAUAUACUCAGUGAGAGUAGCAUGUUUGUCUCCAAGAGACGUUUCAUUUUGAAAACAUGCGGAACCACCCUCUUACUGCAAGCACUGGUGCCUCUGCUGGAACUCGCCAGGGAGUACUGCGGGUUUGAUGCCAUCGAGGUGAGCCACCGCUUCCUCUUGCAUGCGUACCGCCGGCACAGACUUAAGUCAGUCGGUUCAUGUCCAAUCCUGUUGCGUGUUUUGCAGAAUUUCUUCUACUCCCGCAAGAAUUUUAUGAAACCUACCCAUCAAGAGUUCCCUCAUCGAAACUUCCAAGAGGAAGUAGACUUUCUCGUCCAGAUUUUCCCAAAUGGUGCUGCCUACUGUAUGGGACGUUUGAACUCUGACUGCUGGUAUCUGUUUACUCUGGACUUGCCAGAGUACUGGGAGAACAAGUAUGCGGAUCAGACACUGGAAGUUCUGAUGAGUGACCUUGAUCCAGCCAUUAUGGACCAGUUCUAUAUGAAAGAUGGUGUUUCUGCAAGUGAUGUCACUCGUAUGAGUGGAAUAUGUGACCUGAUACCAGGUUCUGUGAUCGACGCCACAAUGUUCAACCCGUGUGGCUACUCAAUGAACGGAAUGAAGACUGACGGGACCUACUGGACCAUCCACAUCACACCCGAGCCGGAGUUCUCCUACGUUAGCUUCGAGACCAACCUCUCCCAGACAUCGUACGAUGACCUUGUUCGGAAGGUGGUGGAUGUAUUCAAACCAGGGAAAUUAGUGACUACGCUGUUUGUCAAUCAGAGCUCAAAAUGUCGCAGCGUCUUUUCUUCCGCCCAAACGCUGGAGGGGUUCAAGCGCGUGGACCGCCAGCUGGCUCAAUUCAACGACUACAACUUCGUGUUCACAAGCUACGCCAAGAACUGCCAGAAGAGCUGAAGGUGGAGGAUGAAGAAGAAAAAGCGUAAAAAAGCCCCUCCUCCAGUAGAAAUCGUCUUGUCGUCGUUGUCGUCCUCCCACCACCACGGAUGCGCCGCCGGGGACGACGACGACGAUGACGACGAGCGCCGGUUAACCUCCGGUUUGAGUUUGCGUUGUUGUAUCUUUGACUUCGACCUCUUGCAUGAAAGCUCUUUUCUCCGUUUUGAUAUGCUAGCUCACGCUUGCUAUGACCUUCCGGCGCAUGCACAAGAAUUCAACGCGCUCCAUUCCGGGCUUUCCACCUGUGCUCGGCGCAAAGGCCCCUCCCUGCAGGUCUCCCCACUCAUCCCGCACAGACAGGGCUUCCGGCCGCAUUGAGACCACGCCCCUGACAUGCUCAGACUUGUCCGCUUCCAUGCCAUUUCCAUACGCCGCCAAUGAAUGUAUGUUGAGUUGCUGGCGCGCAGAAAGGCGUUCAAAGGCUCCUCUUGUACUUUCUACACGCUUCCGUUUUGCGCCCGCGGGCCUUGUGUUUAUUUACAAAGUGAAGCUUUCAAGCGUGCGUGUACAGUGUAUAGAAUGUAUAUGAAUAAUUAACUCUUCCGUUUGCACAUGAAAAGGAAGCUUCUGGAACGCUGCAGGUCUUCCCUUGCCAGAAUUCUAAGUGUCCCAAACUUUCUGCUUGCCCAGCAAAGCGUUUUCCCCUCCACAAUAUCACCCCGUCUGUCUCUUUCCGCCCCAUACAAAAAAAAAAUCUAAGCGUACAAUCGAGGCGAACCAGUCUGAGCAUGCCAGGGUCAUCCCGGAUCAUUCCACGUGCGUUUCAUUUCUGGUGCCCAGACAUUAUUAUUUUUUUGCUGUCAACUGUGCUCCCUUAUUUUUCUUUGUGCGCGUACAUCAAUGGCCUUUUGUUGGUCUCUUGGCUCGGGGUGACCUAUGACGCAGUGGUGCAUGUCGCUAGUGCCCUGUUGCUAUGCUAGACCGUGUCUAUGCCCCCCCCCCCCCCCCCCCCAUUUCAUUUGAAGUGCUCAUCUCCGCUUCUCGUGUAUUCCCUCUGCUUAGCCGGUGGGGGUUCCACCCACCCAGCCAGGAAGGCCUGAGACGGUUUUAUCGCCUGCAUGGAAAGGUCUGGCACGGAGCUGGCUUCCUUGGAAUAGCUUCCCUCUAGUAUGUCUAUCACGGCCUUUUGGAGUGGUAUCUUUAAAUUCCUGAAGGACCAACGUCUGCGCUCGUGCUUAGCAGCCUCCAACACCAACGCCGUUUUAAUCGUCACCAUCACGUGCAGUUUAUCACUUGCGACUUUCACUACCGCUAACUCCUAUUUUGUGUUUAUUUGCUUCGGACCAAUUAGAAGUUUCCCACCAGCAUUUUGUCACUGGUUUUGCUUUCCAAGGAACCGGUGAGUGAUUUCCACACAACACUUGAGCGCUGAGAAUGUGUCUCACUUUACGUACUCUGGGAGUAUGGAAGUGUGUGAAGUGAGACAACACACUCGGUCCACAGAUUUAAAAAAAAAAAAAAAAAAAAAGUGAGGUUGGUGUUUGAAGAUGUUAGCAUGGAUGGAGAAACUUUGCUGUUCUAAUUCUCUUUUUGCUGUUCUUUGGAUGGUCGAGAUGUGCUAAAAUGAUAUCUGUGCUUCAAGCUUGAUGCUGAAAUAAAAAUAUUCAUCUGUG